AUGGGUCUAUCAAGUCUGCCAGCUCCAUCUGAAGGAGUACUAUGUCUGCUUUUAGUAAACACUGCCUUAUCAAUUUCAAUUGUCAAAGGAAUAGUCCGUUCAAUCCUGCACAUUGUUGGCAUCCGUUUGUCGCCUUCCUCCCCAUCUGCUUCACUCCCAUCAUCAGAUAACUCUGAAGACACCAGAGAGUCGUUUGAAAUUCAUUUUAGCCCCCCAGAUAAUUACAUUGAGGAGUUCCGAAGCAGGAUGCCGGCAAUCCGAUUCAACACGGUGUGCAGCUGUAAACUGCCUGAACAUGACUGCUCGGUUUGUUUGAAUCAAUUUGAGCCAGAAUCAGAGAUAAAUCGCUUGUCAUGUGGCCAUCUCUUUCAUAAAGUGUGCUUGGAGAAGUGGUUGGACUAUUGGAACUAUACAUGCCCUCUUUGCAGGACUUCUUUGAUGCCUGAAGAGGAUACAUCUUGCUUUUGGUGA